AUGCUGCACCUGGCCCCACACCUCAGCUCACCCCAUAGCCUGCAGCACUGGGCUGCUGGGGACACGGCUCCCAUCCCUCACUGGCUCCGUCCCAUGGGGUCUGUGGGCAUCGUGGCUGCUCUGCUCUGCUGCUGCCUGCUGGGCUCUGCCCAGGCUCUGGUGGACCCUGACGACGUUCUCACUAAGGAAGAGCAGAUUUACCUCCUGGUGGAAGCCAGAGAAAGAUGUCAGAGAGACAUCAGAGCUCAGCUGGAGAAGGUCAAAGACACCAACUGCCUCCCAGAAUGGGAUGGAAUCAUUUGCUGGCCCAAAGGCUCUCCCAGCCAGGAGGUGGCCGUGCCCUGCCCUGAUUACAUCUAUGACUUCAACCAUAAAGGCCGUGCCUACAGGUACUGCAGUGCCUACGGGACCUGGGAAGUGACCCUCAGCCUCAACAGGACCUGGGCCAAUUACACCGAAUGCGCCGUGCUCUUCUCCUCCGAGAGCCGGAGCCGUGAGAAGGAGGUGUUUGACCGCCUGCACUUGAUGUACACCACUGGCUACUCCAUCUCCUUGGCCUCCCUCAUUGUGGCUGUCUGCAUCCUCUCCUACUUCAAGCGCCUGCACUGCACUCGCAACUACAUCCACAUGCACCUCUUCGCCUCCUUCAUCUGCCGGGCAGCGAGCAUCUUCCUGAAGGACGCCGUGCUCUACUCGGCCACGAUGGGCAGCGAGGCGAAGCUGAGGGAGGAGGACCUGGGGGCAGAGCUGAGCCCCCCGCCGGGCCAACGCAGCCACCUGGUUGGCUGCAAGGUGGUGGUGACGCUCUUCCUCUACUUCCUGGCCACCAACCACUACUGGAUCCUGGUGGAAGGUCUCUACCUGCACAGCCUGAUCUUCAUGGCCUUCCUCUCCAACAAGAACUACCUGUGGGUCCUCAUCAUCAUUGGCUGGGGUCUCCCCGCUGUGUUUGUGUCCAUCUGGGCCAGCGUCAGGGCCUCCCUGGCAGACACACAGUGCUGGGACCUCAGUGCAGGGAGCAUGAAGUGGAUUUACCAGGUCCCCAUCUUGGCUGCUGUGGUGGUGAACUUCUUCCUCUUCCUCAACAUCGUGCGGGUGCUGGCCUCCAAACUGUGGGAGACGAACACGGGGAAGCUGGACCCCCGGCAGCAGUACAGGCGACUGCUGAGGUCCACGCUGGUGCUGAUGCCGCUUUUUGGAGUGCACUACGUGGUGUUCAUGGCCAUGCCCUACACCGAAGUCUCGGGGGUCCUGUGGCAGAUCCAGAUGCAUUAUGAGAUGAUCUUCAACUCCUCUCAGGGUUUCUUUGUGGCUUUUAUCUACUGCUUUUGCAAUGGGGAGGUGCAGGCAGAGAUUAAAAAAGCCCGUUUUCGGAGAAGCCUGGCGCUGGACUUCAAGCAGAAGGCGCGUGCCAGCAGCGCAGCAGGGAGCUGCUGUUAUGCUGGGCUGAUGUCCCACGGCACCACGAGCUUCAGCGUGAGCCUGGCAGGGCGAGGGCCGGGGGGCACACAGCCCCGGGGGCUGCUUCUCCCUGCCCGCGGCAGCCUGCCAGGCUACGCCCCCAGCUCCUGUGCUGCAGAGCUUUUGUCUCAUCUGACGCAGGAGAUGAGCCAGAAAACCUGCGGGGAAAACAGCUUGGGCUUAAAGGACCUGGAUGAGAAUCACCCGAAUCUGAACAGAGAGCUGGAGACGAUGCUGUGA